AUGUAAAGCCGAGGCGGCAACACAACUCCACCCUGUAUAACGGCCUCGACAUAAAACAAGAAAAAAUAUAUUUUAUUUCUCAUUUAUUAAAUAAAAAAUAAAUAAAAUGUCUUUGGCCCACCCAAUCCUUAAGGAAAUGCUGAACUCUGGUUGUUCGGACCAUACAAACAUCCUCAUAGCAUUCCAAACUUAUAUGGAGUUGUGCGAAGUACACAAUUUUGAAACAGUAGAACACUGUUUUUCCAUGGACAUGAACAUGAUAUAUUUAAAAGCUGUGGAGGACAAGGAAGAAGAGAUUUUUCUUCCUAUUUCUAUUAAGGAAAAUAUAACACCAUCUUGGAUUGAAAAAGUUAGACAAGCCAUCUGCCAAAACGAAAAUGGAGAAGUACAAAAGUUCAAUAUUGUGAUACGAGAUUGUGACACAACAUGUGCAAUAUACAAGAUGACUAGUGGACUCAAACCACCCCUAUCACCAGAAUCUUCGAGAAAAAAGAAAAUAGAGGGCGAGAAAAAUCAACUUGUACAUACCGAAAUAAAUAAAGUUUUACCUGAACUGUAUCAAACAGCUUUGAAACAAUUAAAUAAAUAAGUAUACAAAUGUA